CUGACUGUACAGUGACGCACGGAUAAAACACAGAUGAUCGAUUCCUCCCAGCGCCUUUACCUGACUGGUUACAGUGCCAUACGGAUGUAGCCGGGGCUGUAUCGCCGACCUCUGCUGUUACGAGUAUAUUAACCAGGGAGAGUGGAGGAUAUCUAGUGGAAUUCUCUCACACUGGAAACGUCUUACGGAUGCAUGUAGCCAUAUUGACCGUCUUUCGUGUUGAUGUGUAUUAGUUACUGAGCCGCAACACUACGAGGACAGAGCAUGCAGGACCUAUCAUACAAUGCUUCCGUUUUCAACGGAUCCUUAGAUACAAGUUAUGACGAGCAGGAUGAGGAGGGAAACGAAGCUCUUCAAACUUUUGUCAUUUACGCGAAUAGGUAUUUACUGCCUAUUAUAAUAGUAACUGGAUUUCUCGGAAACACCAUAUCCUUCUUUGUUUUCAUCUUUUCACGACUAAAGCGUAUCUCCACAUCGGUUUACCUAGCUGCACUGUCCAUCUCGGACACGGGUUUCCUGUUCUGUGUAGGUUUCGGUUGGCUGGAUGCAAUGGGAAUACAUUUCUUUCACAACAAUGGAAUUUGUCAGAUCGUGGUGUACAUGACGUUUGUAUUUAGUUUUACAUCUGUGUGGUAUGUAAACGCUUUUACAAUGGAGAUGUACGUCGCUGUUUUCCAUCCCUCAAAAGGCGCCAAAGUAUGUAAACCCAGAUUUGCUCGGAGAGCGGUGAUCAUAUUGACAACAUUUGCAGCGUUUUUGUACAUAUUUGCUUUCUGGACUGCAAAGGUGGCAACUAACGGAACUGAACAGAAGUGUAUGUCUACGUCAAAUGACAGAGACACCAUGAUGGUGUUAUCUAUACUGGAUACAUUCCUCACGCUCUUGUUGCCUUUUUCAAUGAUCAUUUUCAUGACAACACGACUGUUGAUAGAUAUUUCAAGGCUCUACAAGAAACCUCCAGAGGAUGGCAAUGGUUCUAACAACAACAGUGUAAGUGAUUCUCAAGUCGACAGAAGCGAAACGAACAGUGGUAACGACCGCGUGGCGAAGCAAGCUCUGAAAGCUCAGGCAAAGCUCAAGCGGAUGUUGGUGGUGGUGAUCAUUGUAUUUGUGGUUUUGAAUCUGCCAAGUCAUGCCAUACGUGUACAGUUCUUCUUCCGAAGCAUCACAGAGUCACAUUACGUUGUGUCGCGGACGGAAGUAUACUGGCAGCACAUAGUUCAAAUCUUAUAUUACAUCAAUUUUGCAGUCAACUUUGUGUUAUACAGUGCAUGCGCUAAAAGUUUCAGACAUGCGCUGUUAAGACUUCCUCUAGCAAGUUGUGUCAAUGGUUGUUCCUGCGUCAGAAAUCCAUUUAACGAAUUUAUAGAUAAAAAAAUCCGAAAAAACAAAUUGUCCGAUAUGAAUUGUGCGGUAGGCCAGAAUGAAGGACACUUGAACUCCCGGCUGGUAGAAAUCCACCUGUCAGAAAUCCAUAUGUCCCAACUACCGUCCCUUGACAGUGAGUAUAUCUGCCAGUCCCCUCCCUGUCUACUCAGACCUGAGCAGGCCUUGCAAGAGUAAACUACCGUAAUAACUCACAACGUCUAAAUUGGACUGACUAAUAAGCUUAUUUGUAAUUUGAAUGUGUCUUAUUUGAUAUGUGAUGGGGUUUCAUCAACCGUCGGAAUAUACGUCAUGUGGUGAUACAUAAUUUUGCACUCCAUACCAAUAUGUAUAGUAUAUUACAGGGUGGUAUCAUUACAGAAACAAGGAAGUUUGUAUUGUAUUUCGUGUUGACGUAAUGGGUCCUUUUCAUUGUGAUAUGUGGCAUUUUAUGAUGUUUAAAGUAUGCAGGUAGUGUUAUUUUAUAAAUAUUGUAUAUUAUCAAAUGUGUUGUCUAUUACAUAAACAUGCUGUGACAGAAUAUUACAGCUGAGGUGGUCUAUUGUAAGCUGGAGAGAUUUGAUAUUUAUGAUAAAGUCCAAUCGGCAGUAAAGUUACAUUAUACUACAAUGUAUACAUGUGAUAUUCCAACGGUGUAAUAGCAUCAAUUAACAAUACAUAUACACCAUGGCAACACAUUAUUCCCACUUUUCUUCAUGAAAGUGUAUAGACGUAGAUUUCUGACAAAACGACAGCAACUGAAGGUUUCAAAUGAUAAACAGAAGCCCCGAGUCAAGGCAGCUGACAAGAAUGAUAAUACUAUCAGUUAGGUAUGUAUGUCUUACUAUUGUGGCAGGCAACGUUUACAUAUCAGAUAUCUAUGAUGAUAUUUAUGUGAUUUAUUAAGUACUGCUUUGUUAUGUCGCUUUCAAUAGUAACAGUCAUAUAGCAUUUAAAUAUAAAAUAUCUAUAUAAAUGUCAUUUCCGCAGUUUUCUUAUGCCGAAGCCCAUACAAUAUUGAUAAAUCAAAUAAGAUGUUGAUGUAGAUAUCUAUUCAGCACAGAUUUGUAAUACGUAUGCCCAAACCCAUACAAUGUUGUACAAUGUUGACAAAUCGGAUGUUUAUGUAGAAAUCUAUUCAGCACAAAUUUGUUAAACUUGUGCCUACAGCCAUGCAAUGUUGUACAAUGUUGACAAAUCAGAUGUUUAUGUAGAAAUAUAUUCAGCACAAAUUUGGUAACUUGUGCCCACGGUCAUACAAUGUUGUACAAUGUUGACAAAUCAGAUAUCUAUGUAGAUAUUCAACACAGCUUUGUUAUACUGGUGCCCACAGUGCCUUGUUAUUGUUUAAACCAUUGGACUCUUACGAUAAUGCCUCUAAUUAAGUUGUACACAUAGAUAUCAGAAAAAAUAACGCAUUUUAUAUUCAGACAUCAUAAUGACCAUUCUUAGGAAAACAGAGUAUCUAAUUAUCGUUUUGUUUGUACGUCCGUGCGUUAUUGUGUACGUCCACACUUUCAACGAGUUUAAGUACAGUAGAUCUCAGGAACCCAGGGGAGAUUUAUUACACAUUAGAUGGGAAUGUACUCUUUGUAAUGACAUCGAAAUAAUAUGUUUCCAUAACAAAUUCUUACUUUAAUGGCAUUUAAUCUGGAUUUUACACGAAGGCCCGGACUUAAGAACUCCAAUACACGAGUCUAAGGAUUGUCAUAAUACACCAUAUUGAUGCGUGAUCGAAAUCUUCGGAUUUUACUAAAUCUUAAGGUAUUUAUGUUGACAUACCAAUCUACAGAUUUACUUAAUCUUAAGGCAGUUAUGUUGACAUACCAAUCUACAGAUUUUACUUAAUCUUAAGGCAGUUAUGUUGACAUACCAAUCUACGGAUUAGUAUAUGUUUAUAAAGAACUUAAACAUCUAAACGUAUCCUUAUUACACUAUAUAUAUACCGGUAUAUCACGGAAGACACCUUUUCCAUGCAUGAUAUCAUACGCUAAUUAUCAACAAAUGGUCACGCGUUAUGGUGUUUAUUCUAUUAGAUAGCUGUCUAAGGAGUUGUUGCUUGGCAACGCUGGUUUAAAGUUCCAUAUUACGUUGUUAUGCUAAGUCUCAUCAUUUCACAAGAAAAAACAUGUAUGAUUUUUUUUCAAUAAGUAUAGAAAUAUGCGUAGUUUAUAUCGUCCAUAACGGUAAUAUAAUGAAUACUUUGACUUCAUAGUUUGCCAUAUCACAUUCGGUAUGCAAAGGAGACGGUGUGUGUCCUUUCUUAAUACUGCUACUUUCAUAUUCAUGCAUUUCUGUCUAUUUCGGAGCAUGGAUGACGUUAACCGCUUUUAGUGAUAUCAGAAGAGAUUCGAACAACGAAUCCGGUUAGAAAUUCAGUUAAUGUUUAAUUGGAUCGGAGAUUCAGUUCUUAAUGUCUAAUUGAUUUUUUAUUGACGUUUUGACAUUCGGAUAAAAAAAAAAAAAAAAAAAAAAAAACGCAUCCGCUGCAGCAGCGGAUUGGGGAAGAAGAUUUUUUAUGUUCGAUUGAUAUUUUCUUAUUAAUAUAUGACAGAAGAUUCCAAUUAUGAAUACACUGCCAGCAGUGGGUUGGGGAUUCAGCUUUUUAUGCUUAAUUGAUAUUUGUAUAUGUCAAAUCUAUGUGGUUUGUUAGCAGAUAUUUUACUAAAAUUACACGAACAAUUUAAGAAUAACUUGCAAAUAAACAUUGACGUCUUUUUAAAGAGCAAGAAAAACCCACUAUCAUUCAUUUUUUUAACAACAUGAGUUUAUUUCAUUUAUUGAAGCAUGAUAAUUUAUCUGAUAUUAUUGCAUGACCAUUGGAAGUUUACUUAUAAUAGAUAUAAUUUGAUCAAGUUUGCCUAAUUGAACACAAAAAAGUGAACCCACAGACGUCUGCUGCAGCGGAUUCGUUAUUUGAAUCCCAACAUCAAAAUGUCAAUUAAAAAUCAAUUGAACAUUUAGAAGUGAAUCCCCGAUCCGCUGCGGAAUAUCAUAUUCCAAUCAUAUAUUAUAAGAAGAAAACUAAUAUGAAACUGAAUCUCUAAUCCGCUGCUGGCAGCGGAUUCAUUAUUCGAAUAAUAUCUUAUAAGAAACAUACCAAUUGAACAUACAAUAUAAAUAAAAAAAACACUUCUCCCCUAUUCGCUGCUGCAGCGGAUUUGUUAUUUGAAUCCCAGCAUCAAAAUGUCAAUAAAAAUAUAAGUAAACAUUAAAAACUAAAUCCCCAAUCUGCUGCUGAAUCUACAAUAACGAAUCCGCUGCUGACUUGAGCCUGUUUUACAGCAAUGUGCUGAAUAGGCUAAAAUAAUGUUACAUUAGUUACAAAUGUGCAUUUUAUUUUCAAAAUAAAUUCGGAGUUUUCAGUAUACCCCUAAUUGUUAAUAUCAUAGGCCCAUUUUUACAUUGAUUUUGCUGGAAAAGGUUUAGUGGAGGUCUUUACACAUCUGAAGCAUUUUUUUUUUAAAGUUUUACAUCAAACAGUAGUGUUAAUGUUCAUACGCAAUAGCUUCCACGACAAGAGCAUGGAGUUAGAGAAAAUGUCUCUCUAAAGAGCGAGUUGUGGCUUUUAUACAACUAUAAAAUUAAAUAAGCCGGCGCGUGCUCGUCCUAAGGCUUUACACGCACCAUCUGCAGUUGUCUCAUGUGGUGCUUUAUAUCUACAAUUGCAUUUCAAUUCCUUUUUAGUUUUGCCGGAAAAACAUGCAUCAAAUACAAACAAAAGAUAAUGAAAUAAAAGUAAAAACCAAAUCCAGACCAGAUGAACUAUAAACUGUUUAAUUGGCGGAAUAUUCUUUGAGCGCGAACAGUGUAGUUGGAAGUACAGCCUUUUAGGAGACACUUGUCAAGUAAUGAUGAUGCCAAUCUCACUUCACUGAUCGACACAAACAGACAGAUAUGUCUGUUUAUAAAAAGACGUGCACGACGAGAAGCAAAAGUGUGACUGAAUAUUUGCUUUCAUGAAACGGCGCCGUGAGUGUAAUUCGUAUGCUGAUUAACUAGAGAUAGUUCUAAUUUAAUCAGUAAAUCUAAUCAACAAGAGCAUCACUGUCUCACAUUUCAAAAUAAUUUAAUAAUAGAUACAAAAUAUACUAAAUAUUGACUAAGAUAACCAUACCGCUGUUUCAUCUCUCUAGAACUUUCCACGAUACAAGGGGUCGGAGGAGGGAAAACACAAUAUCGGAAAUAAGAAAAAUGAAGACAAGACUUCAAUAUAUUGAAAAAUAAAGGGGCUGCACUAAACCUGUAAUUGAACCAAUUCGUACUUUUUUCGGUAAUGGCUGAACGAGCGUUGAAUACAAAUCUUGCUAUCUGGUGCCACAGGUAAUACGUUAUUAUGAUGUCGGUGUAUAACGAUCGUUAAAAUUGUCAUUUAUGCUCUUUUCCCACCGAGAUAUUUUAUGUUUGAAAAUUUUCAAAUUAUGAACUACUUGUCAUGUUUGUCACAUUCAUCAUAUCCCUUGUAAUGCUACCAAGUUAUUGUCGUCUGUCUGAAUGUACUGUCUACCAGGAUCUAUAAAUAACACACUAAUAUUCAUACAACAUGAGCAGAAUUUGUGUUUACGACGUUGCUUUGUAAUAUAAUGCAUCAAACUGCAUGUUAUAUGAAGCGUCUUUAUAUAGAAUUUGUUUGAUCUUUAACAUAUGUAUAUUACAGUGAGCAACUAUUCGGUAGCCGGAGAAUAUAGGAAAUACCGACAUAAUAACGAAACCAUAAUUCUAACUCAAAAACAUCGGAAAAUAUCAACAUAAUAACGAAACCUUAUUUCUAACUCAGAUACAACGGGAGGCUAUAACGAAAUAAUAACAAAACCGUAACUCUAACUCAAAAACAAAAGUGAAUACCGACAUAAUAACGAAAUCGUAACUCUAAGUCUAAAACAACGGAACAUACCGACAUGAUUUCGAAACCGAAAUUAUAACUAAAAAAAAAUACAAAUAAAAAUAAAACAAAACAAAGCAAAUACAAGUUCUAUCUCGUCACAAGAUACGACAUACGAUCUUUUUUCCUACACCGCCGUGAUACGAAAUACGAUAUGUUUUCCUACACCGCCGUGAUACGACAUACGGCCUCAGACCACAAUUAAUUUUCCCUUCUAUGUUAUACCAAAGAAAAAUGAAAAUACAAAUAUUUCAAAACAUUGCAAAAAAUCUAGUUUUCAUAUCAUGUUGUAGAACUGUUCAAUCUGAUUCAACAGUGAGCUGGAAAGUACCUCAUGACCUGCAUUUAAGAAAGAUAUUUUUAUUUAAAUGUCACCACCCCUCUGUAUUAUGGGGAAAUCCGGAAAAUUACAAAAUAUCACUACUCAAACCUUAUAACUCCCUGUGUCAUUCCUCACAAACAAACAUGCAAAUGGUGUAAAAAACAAAAUGAUCCCACUAGAAUAGUAUAUGUUAAAAUUAUGAACAUAUCUGCAAUAGCUAAAUCAGGAAAAAAUAUUUAGUAACAUACCUGAAAUUUACUUAUGUACUACAUUCGUGUACAACGACCCGGAAGUGUAACUGUGGUCUGAGGUCACACGAUCUGUUUCCUACACCGGCGUGAUACGACAUACGAUCUGUUUUCCUACACCGCCGUGAUACGACAUACGAUAUGUUUCCUACACAACCGUAUUCAUUACGUCAUUAAACAAACAUCAGUUCAAUAGAAUGUGUCUAGUUUUGAUACGAGAACGUAUUCCCUAUUGUAUGCCAUUGCUACAAUGUUAUAGAUCUGACAACAUGAUAUAUAUUGCUGAUACAGGUAUGUUGAUGUGUUGUAUUUAAUCCCUCUAGUAAUGCCCCUGUGACCGACAUUCAUUUUAUAUAAUAUGCGAUGUUUGUUUGACAUUUAUUACCUUUUGAUAACCCCAAUCAAUUUGGUAUAUAACUCUAAUGUCAGAGUAUGUCUGUCUGGUUUUAAUAAGAAAGAUAAUUAGCAAUUCGAUGCCUGUGUCCCAGUGACCUCGUUACUGUCGCCACGAGGUAUGUCGCAUUGCGCUGACUGGAUUUAUGCAGAUCAUACGUGUUAUGUAUAUAUUGUUACAUUAUAUAUGAUGUGAUCUGUUAUUUUAUCAGCCGUACAAAGCUGAAUGUUGUGCAAUCACAAUGCAAGUGCGUGAAGUAGUGUGAAUGAGAUAAUGACUACUGUGAUCUGUUUUUACUUUGAAACGUUUUAGAAGUAAUUUUGUUGUAUCUUAAUGUUUGUUUACUACUAAUUAAGGCAGAGGCAACGAUACAGUGUACAAUAAAUUCGUGUAGGAUUGGUACUAAACGACUAGGUGAAUGCAGUUGGAUAUUUAUUACUACUUUUUUAGUGCUGACGUGAAUUAUCUAGUGUAAACUCAAUGUCCUUCACGUUUGGUGCGAAUUCUGUGUAGUCACGUAAUCGCUUCAUUCCAGAAUAAAUUAUUUGCCUCCAGGUAAAUGAUACAAUAACAUUCAGGCCUUGAGUGAUCAGUAACAUUAUCAUGAAUAAUUAACUUAUUUCUGUAGAAGUUUUCGAUAUAAAUCAUACCUCUUCAUAUGAAUUCUGUAGAAUUCAGCGAAUUCAAAAACAAAUAUUUAAAGAAAAACAUUUUACAUAUCAAUGAUGAUUCUAAAGUAUUAACGAUACUGACAGUAACAUACGCCUUAAUGCUCGUGGCAUAUCAAAAUACUGAACACGGUUAAUAAACUCCGUUUGAUACAGACACUCAUAUGUAAGAUCCUCUAUUUAAAUGAAUGAUGGGAAAUCAUAAUUGCCUUUCGGGAUGAUAUCCUCGAUUGAUCUCGGAAGAGCCUCUGGUUAUAUAAUACCAUCCCUGGGUUUAGAGAUUUUUUCGUCACACAGUCAAAGUAAGGGAGAUAUUAUUACUAAAUACAAAAGUGGUUCAUCAUCUCUCUACACGGUCAAUCCUCCCCAUCCAAGGAAUACUACUGAAAUUCGAACACUUGUUCGUGAUAAUUAAUGUGGUGCUGGUACUAUUUAAGUUAAAUAUAAGAUAAAGUGUUCGUGAAGAAUGCGACCACUUUUCCUUUGUGACAAUACAUUAGAAGGUAAAAUUGUUUGCUCACAAGUCAGACGAAGGUUUGUAUCGACAUACGGUCUAAUUAUCAUUAUGUGCACAGUCAGUACUUUCAUCAAGUGGUUUGCAUAGUGAUGUGAAUCAUUGUUAUAGAAGAUGUUGAUCUCUAUAUUAUAUAUUCUAUUGUUCGAUGUAAUAUUCUUAUUGUUGUUUGAAAUAAAUUUAUUGAAAAUGAA